GGCUCCUCCUGCACCCGCCCCCCACAAUACUCCCAGGGUGGGGAGGGGGUCUCCGAGUCCCGGGCUAGUGGUCCAGACUCCGAGACGAACGUGGAGGGGGGCCUUGGACGCACGGGACAGAGGCGGGGACCGGGCUAGAACACAGGUCUGGUUUUCAGCAAGAAGGCUCCAAACGCCCCUGAGCCCCCCGGGCCUGCUUCAGUUUUCCUUCGCAUUUAAACAGGGCCAGCACGCCCCCGCUCCUCAUUCCCUCCGAUUCAAGGGGUCCCAUCCCACCCCUCUUUGUGGUCUCUUUUCGCCAGCUCCCCGCCUGCCGCCAUGCUGCCCCUGCGCCUAUGCCGGCUGUGGCCCCUCAACCCUCACUUUUGGUUCUUCGCAGCGGCCGCCCGGCAGCGGUCUGGCCCCAGUAACUACUACGAACUCUUGGGGGUGCAGCCUGGUGCCAGUGCUGAAGAAGUUAAACGAGCUUUCUUCUCCAAGUCCAAAGAGCUGCACCCUGACCGGGACCCCGGGAACCCAGCCCUGCACAGUCGCUUUGUGGAGCUGAGUGAAGCAUACCAAGUGCUGAGCCGUGAGCAGAGCCGCCGCAGCUAUGACCACCAGCUCCGCUCGGCAGCCUCCCCAAAGUCCCCAGGAACCACAGCCCACCCCAGGUCUGCUCACCAGGCUUACAGCAGUUCUAGGGCACCCCCCAAUGAACAAUACUGGGCCCAGUUUCAUAAAGUGAGGCCUCAGGGACCAGAGUCCAGGCAGCAGCAGCACAAACACAACCGGCGAGUGCUGGGGUACUGCCUCCUGAUCAUGCUGGCCGGCAUGGGCCUGCACUACGUGGCCUUCAGGAAGCUGGAGCAGUUGCAUCGUAGCUUCAUGGAUGAGAAGGAUCGGAUCAUCACAGCCAUCUAUAACGACACUCGGGCCCGGGCCAGGGCCAACAGAGCCAGGCUCCUGCAGGAGCAGCGGCAGAAGCAGCAGCUGCAGCCACCACCCGGGCCACCCCAAGGCCCCGGGGUCGUGCCCCCGGGCCCCUGAGCAGCUCACCUUGGAGAGCUCACCUCGGAUGGGGCCUUCGGGGUGCCCCCUUCUGGGACGCCCCACGACCCAGAACGCGUGCAAUAAAGUGAUUCUCAGA